AUGACUACAUUAUGGUACCAAGUGGUUAAGGCGUUGAAUUUAAGCUGCAGUGGACUGGCAACCGUUUGGGUUCAAACCCCGCUUGGUGCAGCACCUUUCAAGGGGGACAUUCGCGGUGAUGGCUUAGUAGCUGGGCCGUUAGACAUGUGUUGUAGUGGCCAGAUGUGGAUUCAAAGAAGAACUGAUGGGUUGGGAUUUAAGAGGCAGCCGAGAACGGUUCAGGAGCAGGACGAGUGGAGGCGACUGUGA